CGUUACCCUUGCCGAUCCACAACCACCUUCAAAUCCAGGGUCUCGCGGGCGUUUCGAGUUGAGCGACUGCACGACGCAAAGAGGAGCGUUGAAAUUGCUGUUUACCCCUUGUGGCGGAUCGCAGCGGGACGCGGCCCCAGAUAGAAGAAAAUGCGGGAAAACGUUUCGUCCAAUAACCCGGUUCAUGAUGGCAUCGGCAAUCUCCCGGUGCCAGAAAGCUUGUCUGUGUGGAGCGAAAGGCUUAGCUGUGCGCAGCCGAGAUGGAGAUGGGGGUAGUGACCUUGGAUUGAGGCGAGAAAGGUGGGAUGUGACGAAGGAAGGCCUCGCUGUGGAGCAACUCCUCGGAGCGCAGAGCCGAGUAUAUAUAUCAACGGAUGUGUUGCCGUUUUGUUUCCGCAUCAAAUUGGAUCAGCACUUCACUUCGACAACCACUCACUCAUCCUCUCGCACACCAGUCCUCCACCAUGAUGUCCAUGAUUCUCCUCACGGCCGCUGCCUUCAGCACGACCACCACCGCAGCAACAACCUACAAAGCGUCUUUCACACAGUACGGUUCGACGGACACCUGGGGAUCAGGUAACUGUAAUGUCGCAAGCACCGCAUGCGGCUUUUACACCUCCCCCGGGUACUCUGCCGCGGUAUCGCAGAACGAGUUCGGUGUCGGCCCCGGCGCAGGAGCGGGCCCGGGCUGCGGCACCUGCUGGAAGUUGACUGUGCAGACGGACAGCAGCGGGAAUGACCUGUCGAACGCGGGGAACAGCAUCGUGGUGCAAGUGACGAAUCUCUGCCCUGCAAGUGGUAACCCUCUCUGCGCGCAGAAUGGACUUACGGGCACAAACCAGUAUGGAGCCAACCUCAACUUUGAUCUUUGCAUUGAUAGCGGGGCUUCGAAGGCAUUGUUUGGGAACAGUGGGGUUGGGCUGGCGGUGGGGAGUGCUGUGCAGGUUGAUUGCAAUCAGUGGAGUGGGAAGGUGGUGCACUAG